GUGGUGCUGCUGGGGAAUGACAACAAUGGAUAAAAAUACAGGGGUCAACAGAACGGCAACGAACACCCUGGCCAAGGCGCUCUACGACAACAAGGCCGAGUGCUCGGACGAGCUGGCCUUCCGCAAGGGAGACAUCCUGACCGUGCUGGACCAGCACGUCCUCGGCAGCGAGGGCUGGUGGAAGUGCUCCCUGCAUGGCAGGCAGGGCCUGGCCCCCGCCAACCGCCUCCAGCUGCUCUCUCCCACCAUCCUGCUGCUUCCUUCCACGCGGAGCGACCCCACGGAGCUGCCAGCGGGCCAACAAAACAUCUACCAGGUUCCCUCCGGCCCCAAACCCACCGUGGUGUCGUCCACCUAUGAGAAGAUGGAGGGGUGGGUCAAACCCCCAGGCAGGCUCUCUGCCACGCCUGCCCAAGCCAUAUAUCAAGUGCCAGCCUUGGCUGCGCAGCUGCUCAGUGAGAGGACCAAAAGCUCCACACGCCAGCACCUGUUUACUCUCCCGAGAGCCUGCCGGGCUUCAGCCCCAAACAUCAGGAGUGAGGUGUACGACGUUCCCUCCACACAGCGCCGGGAGUCCCUGCUCACACAGAGCGGUGCCACUCCACCCACUGCACGGAAGGGCUCCGUGCCAGUCAGACCCACCGAGAACUUCCAGGCAGAGCAGGAGCAGCUUUACAACAUCCCAUCCAGCCCAGAAAAGGCAGGAGCUGGGAUCCAGAAAGACUCACCAGCAGGCAAUUUGUAUGAUGUCCCUCCCAAAAGAGAAACUGAUGCUUCAGAAAACAAAUCUCAAAAAAAGUGCUGGGGCCAGUACAAUACUUUGCCAAAUCCUCGGAAGUCAGAAUGGAUUUAUGAUAUUCCAGUAUCACCUGAAAAAUCAGGAUUAAAACAGCACCCUUCUGGCCACUCCUUGGAGAACCAGGUGCUGUAUGAUAUCCCACCAGCCAGGUACAAGGUGCCAACAACAAAUGCUGAAGCCAAGGUUGUAAAUCCACAAUUAUACAAUAUCCCACCGACACAACAGAAAUUAACACUUCCAGAUAUCCCUCUUUAUGACGUUCCAUCCUCACGGGAUGUGCUCCUUUUGCCGCAGAGCAGUAGCUGUGAUGUACCCCCGAGUCUCCUGGCUCCAAAGGCUGAGAGUCAGAUCUCUGAAGGGAAUGUUUAUGAUAUUCCAAAAGGUUUGCCCACCCCUGGGCAGUCCAAGAAAGAGAUGGAAAACAACAGUGACAGCUCUGGAGAACAAGCACAUGGUGCUUCUCCAAAGCUCCCCAGAGGUGCCAAAUUAGGACGAGACAUCUCAUCUGUUUCUAGUGUGGACAGCAGGAGCAGCACACUCUCCACAUCCUCCAGCUCAUCUGCUGAGUUGUUUUCUACGUCCUCAUCAUCGGAAGAGCCUGGCAAAGAAAUCAAAAUGGGCCUUGAAGUAGCCAUAGAGACCCUGACCAGGCUGCAGCACAGCGUGUCCAGCUCAGUUGCGAGUUUAAUGAUCUUUGUGAGCAGUAAGUGGCGAUUGCAGGAACACCUGGAGAAGAGCAUUGAGGAAAUCCACAGAGCCGUGGAUCACAUCAAGGUGUCCCUGGGAGAAUUCCUGGCCUUUGCCCAAGCCAUAAAGGGAAACGCCUCUCACCUCACUGAUAGCAACCUUCAGACCAGGAUUAAAAAGCAGUUAGAGAUCCUUGUGAACUCCUUCCAAAUUUUAACAGAGACAAGGGAAGCUCUAAACAAUUGCAACUGGUCACUCGAGGCCUUGGUCCUCAGGAGCCCCCAGAACAACCCAGAUGACCUCGACCGCUUCGUCAUGGUGGCCCGCACGAUUCCCGACGACAUCAAGAGGUUUGUGUCCAUCAUCAUCGCCAAUGGGAAGCUGCUCUUCAGAAAGAAUGACAAGGAACAAGAAAUAAAGCAGCCAAAAGGGAGCCCAGAAUGCAAAAUGGCAAAACAAAUCCCAGUGCCAAGAAGAAUAGAAAUAGAGUCGCUCCAGAGAAACGCUCCUGACAAACCCAGCCAGAGUCGGGUGCCUUUGGAGAAAAAGGAGGAAAAUGCCACUGAGGAUUGUGAUUAUGUGCAGUUACAGGCACAGAAAAUCAUUUCAGGUAAAGAAGUAGCAAAGAAGAGCACAGAUUCAAAACUGAAGGCUUUGCCAACUGCAAAAAAGGCUGGAAUUCAAAGCAAGCAGGACUAUGCCAAGAAAAUCCCUCUCCCCGAGCACUGCAGGCUGUGUUUCGCUGCCCUGCACAAGGCCAUCGGGGUGUUCACCAACAGCCUGAACAACAGCCAGCCCCCCGAAGUGUUCAUAUCCCACAGCAAACUGAUCAUCAUGGUGGGACAAAAGCUGGUGGAUUCUCUGUGCCAGGAGACUCAGGAAAGGGAUGCCCGGAGCGACGUCCUCCACAGCAGCAGCCGGUUCUGCAGCCUCUUGAAGAACCUGGCUCUGGCCACCAAAAAUGCUGCCAUAAAAUAUCCCAAUGCGGAUGCCACGAGGGAACUUCGGGAUCGGACCGAGGAGCUGUCCAAGUACACGCAGCAGUUCAGAGCAAUGAUGGAAUGAGACACGGAAUGUCACUGUUUUCACACAUUCUCCACUGCUGUUGCCCCUUUGGCAGCUAAAGGGGAGCAAAACCAGCUCAGUGACACCAAUUUUCAGUCACCUCAAAGUUCCUGCCGGGAGUUCCCGGGGUGCUGAUGCAAUUUUAGCAGGUGAAAAUCCAGACAACAGCAGAUGUAGGAGAAGAUUUGUAGAAUUAAAUCUAUUCUUUCUUCUCCACUGUUCAGAUCCUGCCUGGAAAUAUCAUCGUCGGAGUGGCUGGGCAGGAAUGUUUGCUGUGUAUUAGAGCAAAAUGGUUUUAUUAUCUGACUUAUUUCUUAUUUUUUAUUCUCUCUAUAGGUCAGAUAACUGUCUUUUCCUUUUGUAUUUUUUUUC